AUGAAGACAGAUGCAACGAUCUACGAAGCCAACCUCGUCGCCGUCGUCAAAGCCAAUCCCGGAGCUCGUAAAUCUCAACUGCCCCACCUCGUAACGUCGACAUACAGCCGCCCCCGUCAUGCUGGCGACAUCAGCCGACGUACUGGGCACCAGUCGGUCUUACUGGACAUCUUCGGAUCGAAUGCUUCUCUGCCCCAUGCGUGGCCCGAGACUGAGACUGUCACGGUGCAACAAGUGCUGUGGCUUGGUAGGCUACCGACUGACGCCUAAAAUCAGUCCAAGCAGUCUGCCCAGCUGCUAAUGUACAUGUGGAGCGGCGGACUGGUGGGCUGAGAUUCAGGCUGAAUCGGCUCCUUAUUAAGUGAUCUGUGAUACUUUCAUGCAUGUGAUGAGUGUGUGUGUGCUUUAUGGGUAAUCCCUCUCAGUCGAUGAUUAUUUGGUGACCUGGCCUUUGAAAUGUGAGUGUUCAGGCAAACGUAGGGCCAUAAUUCACCCUUCUGGGUCUUAAGGCGUGUAUGCGUCUGCUACGUCUUGAUUCAGCGAACCAUAGACCUCGCAGUCUACCAUGCACUAACAGUUCCCUGCCGGUAGAUUCGCUUGCGUUUCUGCAAGCUAUAUAGGUCAUGGACAUGGCUGCCUUGCAUUCUUGUCGUCCUUCUGACUCGCCUUAGUGUUGUUUUUGGCUAAAAUCCUGGUCAAGUGUUUGUUAUGGGGCAGUGCGUGUGGAGUGCGGUAGAUGCUUUGGAAUUCCACACUCACUCUACGCUUAAUCGUGCCCAAGUCACUUUGCCUGCUCGACCUUUCUGUCGAGCACACGGUGGACAUCGUCGGUUGCGACGGUCGAACUGUCGGUUCGCCAGCCGCUGUGAGUUUGAUUCGUAAGUGGUCGAUCAGAUCGAUGUGCGAGGUGGAGUUGCGGUGAUAAUGAGGGCAGUUUAGGACUCAUUCGAAAUUGUUGGAGGAGAGGGGUGGUGAUAGUGCAUUUGUUGGUGGUUUUCGACGCGUCACGAGCGUCAUGGACCGUGGCAGGAGUGGUAGAGGUGGUUUUAUUCGUUGGAGAUAAUGGAGGUGUUUAUGGUAGACGGCAGUGCGGCAUGGGGAUUCAAGCAAAUUUGGUGAGACAGGAGCGGGCGAGGUCGCGGAGGCAGCAUUUACGGUCAAUGGGUGGUUGGUGAAUGGGAUCCGGGGGAGACCGACGAGGCAGAUCAGCGCGCGGAAUGUUCGUCGACAGAGAGAGCCGUCGGGUGGGUUGAGUGGCGAUUUUGCAAAUCGGAGGCGUCUGAGUCGUGCGGGCCUCCACUUUGGCUUUAACAACGACGAGUCUAUUUGCUUCAUACAUGGCGCGCCAACCUUCAGUUCUCUUCUCCAUGCCGGUCGGUUCUGUGCGAGAUCCUCCCAGGUCUUUGUGCUGAUAUGCAUUCACUUCAGGGGAUUCUUCAGAGUGCCAUUGCUGUGUUGUCUAGGUUCUCCUGGUAGGCGAGCACCCGUAAAAGAGUUGUUUUAGUAGGCGAGCAUCGUCCAUAUUCACCAGAUGAUCGUCCCAUAGAAGUUGCAUUUGCUUCAGCGUGGCAUCGAUGCUGAGGAUUCCGGCCCGUUCCUAGACUUUCGUUCGGAGAUCCUGUCCUGCCAUCUCAGAUUCAGUGAUUUGCGGAGGCAGCUGAGAUGAGAGUGGUUGAGCUUUCUGAAACGGCUUGCGUAGACGGCCCAGGUCUUCGCUCCGUACAGAAGUGUCGUCAAGACGACGAUCUUUUGCAUCUUCAAUUUGGUGUUCAGUUGAUGGCCGUGGCGAUUCCAUAUGGAAGCUUGCAGACGGCCGAAGGUCUGGCUGGCUUUGAAGGUCCGACGGGAAAACUCGUCGAUGUUUGUGCUGAGCAAGAGUGUGCUCCCUAGAUAGGCGAAUUUGUUCGCGGUUUGUAGUUAGUUGCCUUUGACAGUGAUUCGAGGGGAGCUGUAUUCAGCGUUCGGCAGCGUUUCAGGCAUGACCACCGUUCUAUUCUUAUUUAUGGUCAAUCCGGAGUAAGCGCACCCGCCGGCGAAAAGAUCCAUGCUAUAUUGCAUGCCUUCUUCGGCCUUAGUGCUGAGUGCGCAAUCGUCAGCGAAGGGCAGAACUUGAAUCGUGGUCGUAAACAUUCGCGUUGGGGAUCUGCAGGCGCCUGUUUUUUGAGAAUAUGUCCGUCAAUUCUGUGGACGAUGCAUGUACUAGGAUCGAGGUAGACAUCCAUCAGCACGGCAAAGAACAUGACAUUGAAGAGGGUGGUGGAAGUAUGCAGUCCUGCUUCACUCCACCGAUUUCUUCGAGUGCCUCGGAUACUGCCCCGUUUUCCGUUACUUGCAUCAUCAUACCGCCGUGGAACUUACGUUCCACGUGCGUGAAGUUCUCAGGACAGCCGAAUUAUUGGAUGGUUAUCCGUAGGUUCUUGGGAUUAAUCGUAUCAAAGGCCUUCGCCAAAUCCUUGAAGGUAGUGUACAUUUGAAUCCGUACCUUCUGACACUUCUGCUGUAACUGGCGAACGGUAAAGACCAUGUCGGUGAUCCCGCGGUGUAGCUGGAAGCCACAGUGCUUUCAGGUAGUGGUCCUUACUAGAGGUUGCCGUUGAGAUGAGUUAGGAGAAGGCGGACGAAGAUCUUCCCAGCUAUUCUGAGUAGCGAAAUGCCUAUGUGGUUAUUACAAAGUUGCCAGCUCCCUCUGCGUUUGUAGAGAUGGAUGAUUGUAGCACCCUUUAAAUUCUGAUAAACUUGUUUCUAUCCCCACAUCUCCUGAAAGAGCGUUAUGAUUUGAUCGAUGAGCCGCGAUUGUAAACCUCUGCCAGAAUCUUGUCGGACCCCUGUUCUUUCCCGUCGGACAGAUGGGGCACGGCGCGGAUUUUUUGGGAGAGAAGGCGACAAAUCAAGAUCGAUGUUGAUUUCCGUUUGAGAGAGCCAGUCAAUGGUAGCGUCGGAGAGAGCAGAGGGCUGGUUGAGAACGUUUCUGAAUUACUCGAACCAGCGCUUCAGAAUAUGCGACUUCUUCACCAGAAACGUUGAUACAUCGUUGCUGAGGAGCGGCACACUCCCUUUAUUGGAAGGCCGUAGAUCGCCUCGUUCGCAGCGAAGAAGUUCUUUGCUUCAUUCCGAUCGGCAUACCCAUCAGUUUCUUCGGUCUUGCGAGUCAUCCAGGCAACCUGCAUUUCGCGCAAUCGCUGCUGCACAAGGCGGAAACAUCGAUGGAAUUUCGCUUUAUUGUGUCGGACUGGCGAUUAUCGUAGAUUUUGCUUAGUCUGUUCUUUUCAGAGUUGCAGGUCGGCGGCUUUGUCGUUGAACCACUCUCGAUGCUGAAGAUGCGCGUGACCGGGGACACCCAGGACGGUUGGGUGUACAGCGUCCCGCAGUCGGUACCAUCAAGUCUCCAGGGGAACGUUUUCAACUGGAGCCUGCAAGUCCUCUGGGCGCUGAGUCAUUUGAUUGCUGGAGUGUAAGCGAUGGGCUGGCAAAUUCAAGAGAACAUUAUUCAACUUACCUGGUAGGCGACAUACAUACAUACACGGCAGUUCGACCUUCGUGACCGACGAUAUCCACCGUGUGCUCAACGAUAGGGUUGGGGCAGGCAUGGUGACAUGCGCCUGAUUCCUUUUAUAGUGAUACUAGACUUUCGCUUUAUCUACCGGACUCUCUCGUUUCCCACAUGGGUCCUACGUUAAGACAUAGCGAAGUGAGCCGAGUGCGGCAGAGGGCGCAGGUUUUAGGCUCAGCCAGACCCGUACCAAGGCGAGUUGCCACACCCCUGGUUCACAACAUAUACUUAACCGGAAUAUCAACCAUCAACAACAAGAGUGACGGAUGGCGCGUCCGAAGACACCCUUAGGUGUGCAGCCAUACCAAGCUAGGAUCAAACUAGGUGGGAGUGCCAUAGAAGCCCCUGCAACGACCCACACGAAGGAGACGACCUCCACGAUCACUAUUGACAAAACCUCCGCUUCCCCGCCGCCGUCAGUCAUCGCUUUCCCAUUACCCCAGCCUCAAAACCUCCCGACGGCAACUACCACCACCGCCUUAAAUACUCCCGAUGCCCCGACAACCAUCACUGCCGCCGCCACAAACACACUCACAAUCAACAAUGCGGACUCUAUCCAGAACUCUUCUUUUUGUAAUCGAACAUUCACAGUACGAAUGGACCUGGUCGGUAAUUUGCGAACUCAUCUCGCUGUCAUUGACGAAUCAGGCCAGAAGUCCUUACAGACACUCGCCGUACUUGCCUCAAGUACCCGUACUGCCCACGCAUUUGCGUCAUCUCAAGUGCCAAUUCAAUGCCCUGUACUUGCUUACUAAUCUGGAGAAAAUCAUCGCAGACGAAACCCUUGACCACAUGUACCACGCACGAGCCCUUCCCAGAUUACCCACCACAGGUACGAAACAAGCUCCCCCACCUAAGUGGGAAGCAUGAUCUUCGCCUCCCUCUUUUCGUGUGGCAUCUGUGGCUCUCUCACCAUGCGAGAUCCUAAAAGAACAAUCCUUGGUUGCGAACACCUGUCAGCCAUUGCACCCAAUCCUUCUAUCUGUUGACUGACCAGUUUGGGAGAGGGAAAAGAGAGAGAUCGACUCUUGACGCCUAUUCACGGAUAUAAGCAAUAUGACGCACUUGCAUCUAGUCAGUGCGCCAAAAACUGUGGUUUGGACACCCCUGAUCGACGGGGCAACUCUACCCUCUUUGCAGGACGGAAAUUUAACCUGCAGUGACCGUCUCUAAAUGUGGCCUUUAUGACUCUUCCCUUCAGUUAAUAUUCGAGCCACCGACUUCUUGUUGGUUGAAACUCCUGGAUAAUCGGGUGUGAACAAGACAUGUGUAGCACGCGUCAAUCGGUUGUUAGUUUUGUCAGUCAGUGCCCCGACCUCGCUUCCAGUCUAAUUAACUCACGUUUGACAUUGAACACAAGGGGAUAUGAGAAGAGGGGAAGCGGUAGAUACAUCGAAAAGCUACUGUAACUUUCGAAAAUUCACUCGUUAAUCACCGUCCUCGAACCCUGCACGCUGUGGAGCACACGGUGGGCACCGUCGAAAGUGUUGCCCGAACGGUCGUGUGUGCUAGGUUUUGCAACACCAUGAUGGACUAUGCGAAAAUGUGCUGAACCAAGACGAGAGCAGGCGUUGACGGGCCUUCGAAGAAUCCGCGCAUCGCAUAAAAAAUGGCUCACAAAAGGCGUGGUGGAGAGACUAGGCGCAUGUCUCACGUCAGCUACUUGAGUCCAGUCCUCGCAUCAGGUAGUUAACCGGUUCGGACUAUUAUGUGGGAAGGGGAGACGGGUUGGGGUUGAUUCCGGAGUCGUCGUCCUCAUGGCGGUUCGGCGCAUUCUUCACUAAAAAAAAGUUAAUGAGCUCUGAAUCUGUAACUCCACGCAAAAUGUCAUAGCAUGUAAGGCCGUCAACUGAUGGAAUUACUCGGUUACCUCAGGAUCGCAAGGCAUACGGUAGUGCCCCUUCUGAAAGCAAGCUCUGUGAUACUCCCAUUCAGAUAUGAGCUGACCCUCCUCAUUGUUUCGCUGAAAGUCUAGUCUGUCGUGCGCGGACCAGAUUGCGUAGGACAUGUGUCGACGGGCUUCGUAUCGUUUUUAGCCGCCAAUGUUGCGCCCGUCGCGUAGGGCACACUUUGGACGUGGUCACGCGCAAAUAUCAAACGAUCAUUUGCAUAGACGUCACAAAAUAACCAAUUUUGAACCAGUUCGUUUCCUAACUACCCCUCGUUCGCCAUAUACUGUCGCUUCAUUUAAAUAUACCGCUCGGGGUUGUCUUACUUCGCGUUUUCUAAGGUUUUUGAUGUUACUAAUUUUAUUGCGCUGCCGGAAGCACAUCCCUAAGUCGACAUCAGAUUUUGCCGAAAAGUCUGAUACAUAAUCUGACUUUUCUGAUUAAUACAGCCUCUGAACAGAAAAGUGUAAACCUGUCCGCAAGUCUCGGAACUAUCAUACACACCUUUCGUUUCCCACCCAACACUCACCCCGGGUUUUAUUGGGGCUUUCUGUGGCUGCGGACUUCGAACGGUGCAAAAUCACCCAUGGUCAUUUCGGUGGAAUAACAUGUUUCGCCUUGUAUUUAAUGCCGGCCCUCCUCAAAACUUUUAAUUUUUAGAUUUCCGAAAAGCAGUGAACGUCCUCGAAGGUAGGCAGUAUAUGAGUAAAAGUGAAAGUGACGAACGGGGUAAUGUAGGAUGAGGCCUGCCUUCACGUAGUGUCGGGAAAACCAGACGAGGAUCUCUCUGCGGAGUUGUCAACGGGACAUCGUCUUAAAGACGGGUUAGUACGUGGUACAAGUCAGUUGGGGAUCUGUGGCCCUCAGACAUAGUAAACCAAGGUAUAUCAAUAAUCAAAAAUGCCUAUUCUCAAACGUACGAAAGACGGUAAAACGUUUUGAAAAGUCGCGAAACAAAAGUAGGAAACGCGCUGAUAGCCAUGAUCGUUAACAGACAGAAAAGAACGAGUAGAUAAUAAAAUUAAAACUCAAUACGGCGAAUGAAAAAGCGUACAAAAGGAGAUACAAAUUAACGAAACCAAUGAAUAGAAAAGAGGUAAACGAAAUACAGGACUUAAAGGACAUGACGAAAAAGGAGCGUCCGUCGAGUCACGUGGUGUCGGAUACAGAAAAGAGAGUCAAAGAAAAACGCGCCUUAGGAUAACCGUCUGUUACAAAGGGAAAAUAGCUAGGUCCCGAUAUCCGGAAUACUAGCAUAUCUGACUACUAAACGCCUUGAAUCCGCGAACUUUAACCCUGCGACAGUUGGUCUUAGAGCCCCUUUGCCCAGGUGUGCUGUUCGUUCCUUUUGGUACCGUCGAGAUAUUUUUGACUCUUAUUCUCGGAUUUUCUUUACGUUCUAUCAGUCUUUGCCUUUUUUCCCACACUCUUCUGUGAUCUUGUUCCCACCCGGUUGGUCUAAUCCUUAUAGACUUGCGCGCGCCCAUCUUCUAGUGUCCCCAAAUUGCCAGUCAUGUCUCAUAGUAUGCCUUAUAACUUUGCUCCAAAUGGAUUGUCCGUUUCCAACGUAAGCUUUUUAUGUGAACUUUGGUUAUUCACUGUGAUUUCUCACCGCCGUUUGCUUACGACAACGCUCUAGAGUUAUAGCUCAAGUCCGGAAUUCUCUUGCUUUUUUCCUAACGUUGCUGGCGCACAGUAUACUAUGCGUGCCAUCUUCGGCGUCCACUUAUAAGGCGUUAGCGAAAUUUUUUGGCUUUUUUCUGGAGCGACGCCUCGGUGUCGGGAACAAGCGUGCUGCACCUGAGACGUUCUCAUGAUGUCUGUCUGAAUAUGUUCCUACGCAGCCCCAUAAAAUUCGACACCUGCCACGGAGCGAUUAUACCCAACUUCAGAGGUUGAUUAAAUCUUAUCUGCUGCAAAUUUGCAUAAGCGUAUGCCGUACGCAAAAAGCUACUCUAACUUGAGAGUGUUGCUCCACAAUCAUUCGGUAUAGGCUCGCCUAAUGUCGGCAGGACAUGUGGUUUAGUGGCCACGCUGACCGACCCUAUGCAGUAUCAUGGUAUGUUGUCCGUCUGUUUGGAUUUCCAGACGUAACCAUUUACGAUCUUUCGAACACCGUCAUUGACUAGAAUCUCCUCAUCCUCCGAUGCAUUGUGGAUGUAGGGUGGCUAGAAUUCCCACCAACCAUUAGAACACCGUCAGUUGCAUUUUGAAACAGCUAGACAAAGAGAUUCUGACCUGGAUCGGGGCGUGUGCUGUGCUUACUUGCUAGGAGAUUUUUGCGUUCCCCACUUUUUCGAAGUUCCACUUAUUCCUACUUUUCGGCAGGUUUGUAUCAUGGGGGCUUACCCCUGAGUAUCGAUUGGUGAACGUACAUGUUUUUAUCACUCACUUCUGCUUGAAACACCUGUGAUCAUGCCUGAUCUGGCUGACUCCGAUUAUGCCGCCGGUAGUCCUUGUCCGCACACGAAGAUCUGUUAUAGUGAAUCAUGAACUCGACAAAGAUCAAUUACUGAGUGUCAAAUAAUCGCCUCCGCGUUUUAACGGACUACAUCCGGCCAGAAUUUAGGUCGACAGCUCUUCGCCACCUGCGGCUGGGCAGCGGAAUCGGAUAAGGGCGAAAAACGGCAGUUAACUCAGGGUGUGGGUGACGAAACGCCGCACGAACCACCAUAGUUGUCUUUGAUAACCAUUAUUACAUAACUUUUCAGUGCAGCCGCAAUUAUUGUGGACUGUCUCGGAUGUGACAAAGUCGGUGUACUUCGCUCGAAGAUGGUUCGCGGGCAACUAGGGUCAGACACCUCCAUUUUUUCGCACGUUUACGUGUGUAGCUCAAAUUAGUAACCGUACAAAGUAACGAAACGAAUAGAUGCCAGUGUACGCGGAUCUUUGCAGCCGUGAUGACAUCAUGGCGGACCCGUUGAUACCCAAAAACCCAUGAUUAUAUUUAAUUCGGGCGACUACGCCAUCCUUGCUCCUCCAGUUUGUCAAGAACUUCGUCCCAAAAUGUUUGGUGCUGUCAGUUUCUUUUAGUCGGCAGUUACUAAUUUCGAGGAUUCGUUUUUAUAGCCAGAGUCGCAGCUUGAAAACGCUGGUCUCCGCAACAUUGAGGGGCAGAUUGACCGAUGCGGCGACCUUUUUCUCUCUACACUAUCUGUCGGGUAAAGUUGUAUGGGCCGCCCACGGUAGGGUAGGUGACCGAGCAAGUUACAAUCACUUAUUCAAGUUCCUAAAGUCCAAGUAGGGCAGGGGAAAAACGCAUAGAGAUGGAGAUGUAGCUGCGUGUUUGGAGUUCUCAUUCUAAUUCCUAUCUUUUCUCCUGCAGGCAGAAUGGGCUCCGUUUUUGGAACUCAACCAGCACAUGAUGUUCACUUUACCCGCUCAGAUAUACUGGUUUGUUACCACAUGAAUCGUUAGAGCACCGUCCUUUAGGUCUCCGAUGAUGUCCUACAGAGAAUGAUGCGUCACCAAGACAGCACCACUCCUGUCGUUUCGAAAGCGGUGACUACUCCGGCGCCCCCAAUUCCUGGUAUAUCUCUUUAUACUCUUACUUACGCUUGUAGAACCAACCCCUCAGCCUGCUCAGGACCCAUCCUCUUCCCUCAGACUUUCUCACUCUUUGGAUGACAUCGAGCGGAGAUUUGAAGCCCGUCUCAAGAAGAUAGAAAAAAGAGUAGGUCUCCUCAGCUUUACGGCUGAGUAUCGCUCAUAUGCAUAUGUACCCUAAUAUGCGAUAAUAACCGUCAAUCAGUCAUACUAACUUUGGUUAGAAUAAAUCCUGUCAUCUUGCUGUUACUGUUACUUUCUAAACUGUACCUUUCAUCAUCCGAGCUAGGCAAAUUUAGAUUCCUUAGGCAGAAGAAACCCGUCGAAGUUUUUGUAUAAUAUGUUUGACUCUUUCAGGAUGACUCAUUUCUCAAAGAGGCUGAGGCUGAAUUUAUUCGGGUUGUCGAUCGUCUUGAAGCCAAGUACCUGUAAGUUUUUCACUAAAAAAUUUGCACCUCGUUCUUUCCGAAAUUUAAACUGCGCCUGAUUCUUUUCGAAUCCACAAAUAUUUUUUUUAAAGCAAGUGUUGGGCGCAGUCCAAAAUCGGGAUCGGUCAGCAAGACCCACUUCAAUGCAACGCUUGUUGCUUCUGUGCCAUUUUGACUCAUUUGGUUCAUGUAGAAUUCUACACCCCUUCCUCGACUUUUUUCCUCCACAGAAAAGGUUCCUCCGAGGCCUGUUGUUUGGCUGCACAGAAGCAAGUCGCCGACUGCUACAAGGCCAAUGGGAAGCAAUCAUUGAACUGUGCUAAAGAGGUGAACGAAUUCGUUAGCUGUGUGGCGAAUUUCCGUGCGGUGAGUAGCCUGUCCACGCCUUUUGUACUGCCAUGAUCGUUCUCCCUUUCGCACUGUCUGAUAAAUCCAGUGUGUUUAAGCCCAACAACUUGGUUCAUAGAAUAGCACUUUUAUAACGUCGACACUUUGUAAAAGGUGACUGUGGCUAGACCAGUUGAAACUACCGAAGCCCCAACCUUUAAGGUAUAAUUUAACUAUUAGUCUUGUGGACCGCAAGUUGGGAAACCGGUUAUACUUCUUGUGUUGGCAUACGAACAGCCGAUUAACUGCGACAUUGGAUAAUUGCAUCUCCAUCGGUCUUUUGCGUCUACAUUAAAAAAUCCAUCCUAAUGCAUGUCGUCCGUUUCUUCAGCCUCAGUUCAGGAUAUCGCAUUAAGUUUUAUAAUCGAAAGAGGUCCCAAAAAUUUCUUUCAUCUCAUUGUUACCUUUCAGGCCAGGAUGACUCGAGCUCAGCCCGCUGCAACUUAG